UCCUAAAAGCUCACUGCUGUGUUGCGUUACGCCGUGUUUUGUGCGCUUACGCUUCUUGUUUCCUGUCACAAACAGAAGCGUCCUCCGUGUAAGACAUUAUUUGAGGCGCACUCUUUGUUAUUCCUGCUAGCUUCGGCCUGUUUGUGUUCAAACAUUGUUUUAAACAAUGCUAGUUAACGUUAGCUGGCUAGCUAACCCGAACCAUCACUGCAGGAUUCAUGUGCAGCUCUGAAACACUCGCUUUGAAUGAAGGAAGAAAAGUGAUUGUUUGGACGAGAACAUGUCCCAUAAAGCGACAGACCCGACCGCCCCACCUGUGGUCCUCCAUUCAGACUCCCAUAAGCAGAGCAUCCUGAGCAAAUUGGACCGGCUCAGGAAAAGGGACCUUCUGUGCGACGUCACCCUGGUGGUGGAAGACGUGCAGCACAAGGCGCACAGAGCGCUGCUGGCAGCGAGCAGCGAGUACUUUUCCCUCCUGUUCACGGCAGAAGAUCAGAACGGUCGGUCGACCUACCAGCUGGACGGCAUGACGGCGGCGAUGUUUGCAGCGGUGCUGGAUUUCAUCUACACCGCCCAGGUGUCCGUGGAGGAGAGCGCCGCGCAGCAGCUUCUGGCCGCGGCUCGUCUCGUGGGGGUCAACGACCUGGUCGAGGUGCUCGCGAGCACGAGUGAGGAGGCGAAGGCCGACGCCGCCGUGGUUCCAGAUCUGUCCGGCUGCAGAAGAGGCCGACCAAAGAAAACGUUGGAGCGCGAGCGUGGGACAUGUGAGGGCUCAGAGGAAACAAUGGUUGCAAACGUGGACCUUGAUGUGGUUAAAGAGUCGAACACUAAAAAUGAGGCAGACUGCAGCUCGGGAGCCAAUCAGAGCCGCAAGAGCAAACGCAAAAUCCGGCCACCGGUGAAGUACAAGAGCUACAAGGUGGGCGGCGACACGGCGAGGGUGGAAGAUCCCGGGAAGAGGGGCAGGAAAAGGAAAUACCCCAACACGGAGCCCCGAUGCCACGACUGUGGCAAAGUGUUCAAAAACCACCUCUUUUUAAAGAUUCACCAGAGGACUCAUACAGGAGAGAAGCCCUUUCGGUGUCUGGUUUGUGGAAAGAGUUUUACCCAGAAACACACGCUGCUGGUCCACCAGCGCAUGCACACCGGAGAGAAGCCGUUCGUCUGUAGCGUCUGCUCCAAAGCGCUGUCCACCAAACACGCCCUGCAGGAGCACAUGAACCUCCACCAAGGGGGGAAACCCUUCGGCUGUGAUAAAUGUGGGAAGACCUUCACUCAGAAGAGGCAACUUAAAAGCCAUUACAGAGUUCAUACAGGCAAAUCUUUGCCAGAAUGUGCUCAGUGUCAUCACAAGUUCAUGGACACGGCUCAGCUGAAAAAGCACCUGAGGACUCACACAGGUGAGAAGCCUUUCACCUGUGAGAUUUGUGGGAAGUGUUUCACAGCCAAGAGCACUCUGCAGACGCACAUCAGGAUUCACAGAGGCGAGAAGCCCUACGACUGUAACGUCUGCAACAAAUCCUUCUCUGACGCCAGCGCGAGGCGGCGGCACGUCGCCUCUCACUCGGGGAAGAAGCCCUUCACCUGCUCGUGCUGCAGCCUCUCCUUCACGCGCCUGGACAACCUGAGGACACACGCCAAGUCGCACAGCAAGGAGAGAGCCGCCGCGGAGGACCAGCGCGGCGUCCUGCAGCUGCAGCAGUACCAGCUGCCCGCCGCCGCCGAGCAGGAGAUCCAGCUGGUCGUCACGGGAGACGUGGGCAACAUUGACUUUGUGCCGGGUCAGAACCAGGAGAUCAGCAUCAUAGCCGCGGAGGGGGACGCGGUCGACUCGGCCCACCCCGGGCUGACCCUCCUCACCCAGUCGGCACACCAGAACGUGGCUCUGGCCGCUCAGGGAGGCCUGUUGGACCAGAGCCCUCGGAUCCAGACUCUGGGUGUGCUGCAGGGCCAGGUGACGCACCAGCCCGAGCAGAUGCACGUCAUCACCCUGAGCAAGGAGGCCAUGGAGCACCUGCAGGCCCACCAUGGCGCCCCGCAGCCCCUUCACAUGGCGCAGCGACCCGUCCAGCAGCUGCAGGCGGUGCCCCCGGCGGCCCCCCGCGACGCCUCGAUGGGGCCGGUGAGCCGGGAGCAGCACGGCCAGGCCAUUCACAUCAGCAGCCAGGGCGGCCAGCCCAUCUCCAUCAGCCAGACCACGGAGCAGAUCUCCAGCCACCACAUCCAGGGACAGACCUUCCAGAUCCAGGCGGGCACAGUCUCCUACCUGUACACCACCGGGCUGCCGCAGGAGGGCUGAGAGUGGCCCGAUGUCAAUACCAUCCGUACAAAAAUGCAUUGUUUUACUUAAAAUUAAUUGAAAUUUUCUUUCAAUUUACCAAAGCAUUUAAUCUUUUUUUUAAUUUAUAUUUGACGAAUACACUGAUUUCACUUCUCGUCAGCACAGAGGACUUUUUUUAGAACCUUGACCUGUUUACAAGGUCAUACAAUAAUAUGACAUGAUUCAUAUUUUACACGAAAACAAAUCUAUUGAUAAGUAUUGAAUCGGUUUUAGUUCCAGGGAUUCUGCCGGGAACUUUACACCUGCGUUCUUCUGGUGUCUUUCUCAAAGACCGAGGAUCUUUAAGCUUUGGAUUUUCCUGGACGUGACACAAACGCUGCUUGAGAGAAAUAGAUUAACUGAUCCAAAGAAACAGUAAAACCAAAUAUGAACAGCUUUUGGAAAUACUCAUCAGAAUGUCCGACCGAAAAGGCUCCAUCAGGGCUCUCUUACCCUGAGCAGGUUGAAUGGUGGCAGAUCGGUCGGCGAGGCGUCCUCGUACUCGUCCGUCUGAUUCUGACUGACGAGGGAAAGUCGUGCACAAAAAUAAAACCUCAAGAAGGGUUUAUUCGCUUCUCAUUCUUUGAAAGAAAAUACAACAGAUUCUCCUGUAAACAACUUAGUCUUGUGAAUUCUCAUGUUUGCAUAUUCUCAAGCGAUUUCCAUUCAUUCUAAAAUAUGUCGGAAUUUCCGGUUAGACCUCGUUAACAUUUAAUACUCGUUUUUAUGAUAGUCUAUUUUCUUGUUUGGCCUCACCUGGUGCAGAGGUGGACGCAGACUCAACUCAAGCAACUGUCCAGCAAUAAAUUGCAAUAAAAAGCACCAUUGUUCAAAUAAAGAUUCCGUUUGU